AUGGUUCACGGUCAUUCUACUUCUGUUUUAUUUGAUUCUGGUUCUACCCAUUCUUUUGUGUCGAAACUAUUUGCUCCUAAUCUAGAUAAACCUGAAGAAGUAUUAUCUUAUAUAUUGUGUGUGUCCUCACCCUUGGGGGAUUCUAUGAUUUGUACCUCUGUAUAUGUUGCUUGUGAACUUCACCUUGGGGAUAUUCGGGUAUAUGCCAAUCUGUUACCUCUCGACAUGAUGUGUUUUGAUAUUGUACUGGGAAUGGGUUGGCUGAGUGAACAUGGUGCACCUAUAAAUUGUUUGAUGAAGCAAGUUAAUUUCCACCCUCCGGGUCAUGCAGAAUCUACAUUUCAAGGACAGGAGGUGACUUCCCCACCGUAUUUGGUUUUUGCAACAAGGGCAUGUAGGUUAAUUCAGAAAGGGUGCCGAGGGUAUUUGUGUUGUGUUUUGGAAGAGCAAAUAUUGAAUGAGGGUACUGACGUAAUUCCAGUUGUUCGUGAAUUUCUAGACAUUUUUCCAGAAGAGUUACCAGGGCAAUUGAUAGACAAGGAAAUUGAAUUUACAAUUGAAGUGGCACCGGGAAGUCAACCCAUUUCGAAGACUCUGUAUAGAAUGUCACCAGUUGAGAUGAAGGAAUUGAAAAUGCAGUUGCAAGAGUUACUGGACAAGGGAUUUAUCCAUCCGAGUGUGUCUCCGUGGGGUGCACCAAAUGUAGAAGCUCAUGAGAACCGUCUUCGCUUGAUCCUGCAAACCCUCCGGGAGAAGAAACUGUAUGCAAAGCUGAAGAAAUGUGAAUUCUGGCUACGAGAAGUGGCAUUUUUGGGGCACGUUAUUAUGGAGGAAGGAGUUUCCGUCGACCCGUACAAGAUUGAAGCAAUUGUGAAAUGGCCAACUCCUACUAACGUGACUGAGGUGCGUAGUUUUAUGGGGUUAGCUGGCUAUUACAGGAGAUUUAUUCAAGAUUUUUCUAAGAUUGCUGUGCCACUUACACAACUGACUCGAAAGGGAGUUACAUUCGAAUGGUCAGAAGAGCGGGAAUCUGCCUUCCAGGAAUUGAAGACAAGGUUGACAACAGCGCCAGUUUUGGCUUUGCCAUCCGGUACAGAAGGAUUUAUUCAUUAUCAUCCUGGUAAAGCCAACACAGUUGCAGAUGCGCUCAGUCGGAAAAAUAUGGGGAUUUCGGCAGAUAUGGCAAGUAUGGUUACAGGACAAAAGGACUUGGCAAUUGAAUUGGAUAAGGAAGAAUUGAACCUUGUGUUACAUGGUCAAAAAGCCCUAAUAGCAGCGAUAGUAGCACAACCAACCUUACUUGAAGAGAUUAAAGUGCGCCAAAUGGAAGAUGAAACUUUGAGGACGAUACAUGAUGAGUUCGAAACAAAACCAAAACCGGGAUUCGGUGUAGUAGAUUCAUAUAACACCAUAGUUUCAGACGAUUUGGAUAUCCCCCAAGCGCUCUGGAUCCGUGUCAGAAGGCUUUGCAAAGCCGGAGAUCUUGUUAGGACACAACCCGCGUUUACUUCGCUCCCGUCGGUUACUAGACGAAUGGAGGUCAAUGUGGUUAAGAAAGAUGACCCGAGCUAA